AUGUCAGAACUCCGGCAGCGAUCAACAGCUGCGUCAAAGCCCAGCAAUGGGUCCGACAAAGAGCCAAAUUCUAGACAGCACUCUAGCAAAGAUGAAAUCGACCCAGACCACGGCAUAAGCCUGCUGGACAUAAUCCGCGUGAUCGUGACCCUACUUAUCGCCUGCGGCGGUCUUUCCUAUUACAUGACCUCCUCCGAGUCCUUACUGUGGGGGUACAGGCCAUGGUAUACACGGUGGCCGGUGGUGAAGCAGUGGGUGCAAGGUUCUGUUACCCUGACACCAAGUCAACUAUCCCUCUACAACGGCACAGAUGCCAACCUGCCCCUCUACGUCGCAGUGAAUGGGACCAUCUUUGAUGUCUCAGCAAACCGUAUGAUCUACGGACCGGGCGGGAGCUACAACUUCUUUGCGGGGCGAGACGCAACACGCGCUUUUGUCACGGGUUGCUUUAAAGAGGAUCUUACGUCCGACAUGCGUGGUGUUGAGAUUAUGUUCCUACCAGUUGAGGAUGUCGAGGACGAGGCUGUGACGUCUGCGCAGCAGAAGAUCCGUCGUGAGAAAGAGUUACGGGCUGCUAGAGCGCGGGUUGAGGGGGCGGUGAAGAGGUGGACUGAAUUCUUUUCGAAUCACAAGAAGUAUUUUGAGGCGGGGAGAGUUGUCGAGGAUAAAGUUGAUGAAGAGCCGUGGCCGCUUUGUGAAAGUGCGCAGAAGCAGCGACCGAAGAGGAGUGCGAUGAUGGAAAAGUCGUAG